CGCCUGGGCUCGGCUACAAAAGACGACGGCUGCGGCGCGCCGGGCGGAACUUUCCAGAACGCUCGGUGAGAGGCGGAGGAGCGGUGGCUGCCCCAGCUGCGCACAGCAAGGCGCUCCUUUCCACUCUCCAACACCGGCCUCGGCCCGCUCACCGGCUGUAGAAAAUGGUGAAAGAAACCACUUACUAUGAUGUUUUGGGGGUUAAACCCAAUGCCACCCACGAAGAAUUGAAAAAGGCCUAUAGGAAACUGGCCUUGAAGUACCACCCUGAUAAGAAUCCAAAUGAAGGAGAGAAGUUUAAACAGAUUUCUCAAGCUUACGAAGUGCUCUCUGAUGCAAAGAAAAGGGAAUUAUAUGACAAAGGAGGAGAACAGGCAAUUAAAGAAGGUGGAGCAGGUGGCGGUUUUGGCUCCCCUAUGGAUAUCUUUGAUAUGUUUUUUGGAGGAGGGGGAAGGAUGCAGAGAGAAAGAAGAGGUAAAAAUGUUGUGCAUCAACUCUCAGUAACCCUGGAAGAUUUAUAUAAUGGUGCAACGAGAAAACUAGCUCUGCAAAAGAAUGUGAUUUGUGACAAAUGUGAAGGCCGAGGUGGUAAGAAAGGAGCAGUAGAGUGCUGUCCCAAUUGCCGAGGUACUGGAAUGCAAAUAAGAAUUCAUCAGAUAGGACCUGGAAUGGUUCAGCAAAUUCAGUCUGUAUGCAUGGAAUGCCAGGGCCAUGGGGAGAGGAUCAGCCCUAAAGAUAGAUGUAAAAGCUGCAAUGGAAGGAAGAUAGUUCGAGAGAAGAAAAUUCUAGAAGUUCACAUUGACAAAGGUAUGAAAGAUGGCCAGAAGAUAACAUUCCAUGGUGAAGGAGACCAAGAACCAGGACUGGAGCCAGGAGAUAUUAUCAUUGUUUUAGAUCAGAAGGACCAUGCUGUUUUUACUCGACGAGGAGAAGAUCUUUUCAUGUGUAUGGACAUACAGCUGGUUGAGGCGUUGUGUGGCUUCCAAAAGCCAAUAUCUACUCUUGACAACCGAACCAUAGUCAUCACUUCUCAUCCAGGUCAGAUUGUCAAGCAUGGAGAUAUCAAGUGUGUGCUAAAUGAAGGCAUGCCAAUUUAUCGUAGACCAUAUGAAAAGGGUCGCCUAAUCAUUGAAUUUAAGGUAAACUUUCCUGAGAAUGGCUUUCUCUCCCCCGAUAAACUCUCUUUGCUGGAAAAACUCCUACCUGAGAGGAAGGAAGUAGAAGAGACUGAUGAAAUGGACCAGGUAGAACUAGUGGACUUUGAUCCAAAUCAGGAAAGACGGCGCCAUUACAAUGGAGAAGCAUAUGAGGAUGAUGAACAUCAUCCUCGGGGAGGUGUUCAGUGUCAGACCUCUUAAUGGGGCCAGUGAGCACACUCACCACUGGUAUUUUAUUUGCAGUAGUGAAUGAGUGAAGGACUAUCAUCAUAAUAUGCUCACUACUUGCUAUUGUUUUUGUUUUAAUAUUCAACUAUAGUAGUGUUUUAAAAGUUAAAUGAAGAAUAAACUCGAAUAUAAAAGCUC